CUCAAACCCUAGCUUCACUCUCUUGUGGGAUUGGCUUCAACACAAAAAAAAAAAACCAAAGCAGGCUUGAACUUUUGCCUCAGCCAAAAUGGGUAUAUCUCGUGAUUCUAUGCACAAGAGACGUGCCACUGGUGGUAAAAAGAAGGCUUGGAGGAAGAAGAGAAAGUAUGAGCUCGGAAGGCAACCAGCAAACACUAAGCUGUCAAGCAACAAGACUGUCAGGAGGAUCAGGGUUCGUGGUGGGAAUGUGAAAUGGCGUGCACUGAGGCUCGACACUGGAAACUACUCAUGGGGAAGCGAAUGCGUGACUCGAAAGACCAGAGUUUUGGAUGUGGUGUACAAUGCAUCUAACAACGAGUUGGUUCGUACCCAAACUCUGGUGAAGAGUGCCAUUGUUCAAGUUGAUGCUGCUCCGUUCAAGCAAUGGUAUCUCCAGCACUAUGGUGUUGACAUCGGUCGCAAGAAGAAAACAACGGCAGCCAAGAAGGAAGGAGAGGAAGGUGAAACCAGCACUGAGGAGGUGAAGAAGAGCAACCAUGUUGUGAGGAAGCUGGAGAAACGUCUGCAGGAUCGCAAGCUCAACCCACAUAUUGAGGAUCAAUUUGCAAGUGGUCGUUUAUUGGCUUGUAUCUCUUCAAGGCCUGGCCAGUGUGGCCGCUGUGAUGGGUAUAUCUUGGAAGGCAAAGAGCUGGAAUUCUACUCGAAGAAGAUUCAGAGGAAGAAGGGGAAGGGUGCUGCCUAAAAUUUUUGUUAUGCGAGCUUUCGUCUUACACAACAGAAUCUCCUUUUUUGCCAUAUAUUUAUUUACCUUUCCAGAACAUUUAAGAUUGUGAUAGUUUGAAUGUGUUGACUAGUGGCUUGUAUCAUGUUUGACAACGUAUUCGUGUUCGAAGUUCGAUGAUCUUGAACUUUAUAAAUGCAGCCUAUUUCGAUCA